GCGGAGACCGAGGGAAGUUCAGCUCCGGGCGGGGGGUCCGCGGUCGAGCGCGGGCAGCUGGGAGCGCAUCCCAUCCCCUGCCGACAUGGGCUUGCACGUCGACCGUAUGAUGGACCGCCUGAACCAGUUCGAGAAGACCAUACAGGCGGGCCGUGCAUCAGGGGCUCGUCGCGCGGUCGUAGACCAGACGUCGACGGCAGCGACAGCGGGAUCAACAGCAGGCCCGACCAUCAACUUGGACGAGGUCUCGGUGGAGGAGGUUGGGGUGAACAUCGGGCCGCUGCGCGAGUCCUUGAAGGAUCCCAGGGUGCGCCUGAUGGAGAACUUGACGAAGCUGAAGUCGGCCCCGACGUUCGAGCUGCCCCCAGGGCUGACGGCCCGCGUCGCCCCCGACCUCUUAGUCCAGACCUACGGCAAGUAUGGCAGCAUGGGCAAGUUCGCGACUGACUGGGUCAAGCAGAAGGAUGUACACGCGAUGUCCGAUUGGAAGCAGGCCCGCGGUGCAUCAGCCAACAAGUGGACGUCGAAGGUGCGUUGGGACCUGGCGAACGAGCUGGACUGGCGCUCCGAGAUGGACGGGGAGGAGUCUCUCACGAGCGUCGAGAAGGAUCUCACCGCGCGGCUGCAGCAGAAGGCGCCGUUCCAGAAGUACCUGCACAAGGCAGGCUCCGAGGGCGCCAAGGAGGAGCUACACUACCUUGGCCUUGACGACGUCUGGCGCAAUUCCGCCACCAAAGGCUCGACCUCGCGGCCGCGACCGCUGCUCCCUUGGGAUGUCGUGGACAACCGCAUGGAGUCCGCCCCCCAUGGCACCAUCAAGAAGGUGAGGUUUCUGACCAACGGGCUCAUUCGUGUCUUGAACUCCCUCUCGCGGGGGGCGGUGGGAUCAGUGACAGGGUUGGGGCCUGCGGCUCCGUCGGAGCGAUCUACCUCGCUCCAGAAGAGGACGGCCUUGGAGCUUCUGGAUUCGUGGGCCUCCUGGCAGGGCCACAUCCACGACGUCGACGUGGACCUGGACGCUGCCGUCGAGCGCGUCCUCGCUGGCCGGGCCUCGCCGUGCGAGGGCGAGGGGGUCCCCAAGUCCCUGGGCGUGGAUUCGAGGGAUCGCCGCGUGCUGCCGAAGGGCGCGAUGUGCUCAGUCGACGUGGACGAGUUGGCGCUGCCUGCGCCUGGGACCGUCCCCGUCAAGCUGGUCGACAUUUGUCCUCUUGCGGUCGAGUAUUUCUCGGAAGUGGUCGUCUACCGGGACCCCGCGUUGGAGUCUCGUGGGGCUCGCUUGCGGCUGGCGGAGCGACUCUGGAGAGGCGGCAUGCUGACCUUCACCAAGGAGAAGAAGGAGUCGGUGGACGGCGACCUGGUCCUGCAGCGGCAUGUGCGCGCGGUUUGGGACGAGCGACGGGCCAACCUCCGCUGGGAGCGGCCGCCCUACGUGCCGCUCGGGAGCCCCGCCUCAUUCACGAACCUGGACCUCUCCAAUAUCGAGGCGGAGGGGCGCGUCUACUCGGCGGUCGGCGACAUACCCGACAUGUUCUACAGGUUGCAAACGCCCCCGCAGUGUUGGCCCUAUUUUUGCGUGGACGAAGUUGGCGUGGACGAGUUCGUGUUCUACAUGGCCGAGCGGGCAGUCGACGUCGAGGCGCCCGCCGACUCGGGCUUCCUGGAUCUGAAGGCGCUGGUCACGGGGUGGUCGUGGGCGCCGUUCCUGGCGCACUCC